CGUUUCUAAUAUCACCACCUAGUCACCGGCCACCAGCCAAAAUUCCAGCACCAGCGAAAAUGUUCAAGUUGAUCGUCAUCUCCGUCUUGGUCGCAGUGGCCACCGCUCAGAACCCACAGGAUGUGAACGCACAGAUUGUGGCUCAGGACUCGGUCAUAAACGCGGAUGGCUCGUAUCAGUAUCGGUACGAAACUUCAAACGGGAUUGGCGCCCAGGAAUCCGGUGUUGGAGGUCAAGGAGCCCAGGGAGGAUUCGCUUACACCGCCAACGAUGGAGCCCAGUAUGCUGUGAGCUAUGUGGCUGACGCGAAUGGAUACCAGCCACAGGGUGCCCAUUUGCCUCCCGUGCCGGAGCAUGUGCUUCGGGGUCUGCAGAUCAUCCGCGCAAACCCACCAAGGGAUGACCCCAAUUUCAGCUUGAGCGCUUUGGACGCUGUCAUCGCCCGGCUGAGUGGCAAGUAGAUAGGCGAACUGCAUUCAGUGUGAGACCUGAUGAAUACUCUCUUCAUGGUGUUCCUCUUUUGUAUAUAUAGAUCUUAUCAAAGUUUCCUAAAUUCGCUGCGAUGUAAUAUUGUUUAGAUAUGAUUAUAAGAAAUGUGGUGCAAUAAA